AUGCCUAAAAACAGCAAGGUGACGCAGCGCGAGCAAAGCCAUGAGCACGUCACAGAGUCGGUGGCUGACCUGCUCGCGCACGAGGAGCCACUGGACUACAAAAACAGCUCGUUGAAUGUCGGCGCGGCGGCCGGAAAGAAAGCGCCGCAGAUAGAGGUGCCGGAAAAUGACGGACGCCCAGCCUGGAACAGCAAGCUGCAGUACAUCCUGGCGCAAGUUGGCUUCUCUGUGGGCCUUGGGAACGUGUGGCGCUUCCCUUACUUGUGCCAAAAGAAUGGGGGAGGCGCUUAUCUCGUCCCUUACUUCAUUCUCCUGCUUGUUAUUGGCAUCCCACUCUUCUUCCUUGAGCUGGCUGUGGGUCAGAAGAUCCGGCGCGGGAGUAUCGGGGUGUGGAACUACGUCUGCCCACGUCUAGGCGGGAUUGGGAUGUCGAGUUUGAUGGUGUGUGGAUUUGUGGGGCUCUACUAUAAUGUGAUUAUAGGCUGGAGCAUCUUCUACUUUUUCCAGUCCUUCCAGUAUCCACUGCCAUGGAGUGACUGUCCUAUUAGAAAGAAUGGGACACUUGCUAUUGUGGAGCCAGAGUGCGAGAAGAGUUCGGCCACCACCUACUUCUGGUACCGCCAGACCCUGAACACAACCAGCACCAUUGCAGAAAGCGGUGGCCUCAAUGUGAAAAUGACUUUAUCUCUGCUGGCUGCCUGGAUCAUUGUCUGCCUCGCCGUUAUUAAAGGGAUCGCAUCUUCUGGAAAGGUGAUGUACUUCAGCUCUCUUUUCCCCUACGUGGUGCUCUUCUGCUUCCUAGUGAGAGGUCUGAUGCUGAAAGGAUCUGUGGAUGGCAUUGCUCACAUGUUCACUCCAAAGCUGGAGAAGAUGCUGGAACCCCAGGUGUGGAGAGAGGCGGCCACCCAGGUGUUCUUUGCCCUGGGUCUGGGCUUCGGGGGCGUCAUCGCCUUCUCCAGCUACAACAAGAUAGACAACAACUGCCACUUUGAUGCUGUGCUCGUCUCCUUCAUCAACUUUCUCACAUCCAUCCUAGCCACGCUGGUGGUGUUCGCCGUACUGGGUUUCAAAGCCAACAUCAUGAACGAGAAAUGUGUUGUCGAAAAUGCUGAGAAGAUUGUGGAAUACCUCAACUCAAAUGUGCUGAGUCAUGAUCUGAUCCCCCCGCACGUCAACUUCUCUCACAUCACGACUUCCGACUAUGCUGAGAUGUAUCAAGUCAUCAAGACGGUGAAAGAGGGCGGCUUUUCCCAGCUCGGUCUGGAUCCCUGCAUUCUGGAGGACGAGCUCAACAAAGCCGUGCAGGGAACCGGUCUGGCUUUCAUCGCCUUCACAGAAGCCAUGACACAUUUUCCAGCUUCGCCGUUCUGGUCUGUCAUGUUCUUCUUCAUGCUCAUCAACCUUGGAUUGGGCAGCAUGAUCGGCACCAUGACCGGCAUUACAACACCUGUUCUCGACACCUACAAAGUCCAGAAGGAACUCUUUACAGUGUGUUGCUGCAUUGUGGCCUUCCUGUGCGGCCUGUUGUUUGUUCAGCGCUCAGGGAAUUACUUUGUCACGAUGUUCGACGACUAUUCCGCCGGCCUGCCCCUCACUGUGGUGGUCAUCUUGGAAAAUAUAUCGGUGGCUUGGAUUUAUGGCACUAAAAGAUUCAUGCAGGAUUUGGAAGACAUGCUGGGUUUCCGGCCUUACAUAAUAUACUUCUACUUGUGGAAAUACGUCUCUCCGAUCUGCCUUAUUGUGCUGAUCUCGGCUUCUAUCGUAGAAAUGGCUGUCAGCCCGCCAGGAUACAACGCGUGGGUGCAAGAACUGGCACAGGAGCGCUUCCAGAGCUACCCCACAUGGGCAUUAGUCAUGUGCUUUGCACUCAUUGUGCUGGCCAUGCUUCCCCUCCCUGUCGUCUUCAUCGCCCGUCACUUUAACCUGAUGUCAGACGGCUCCAACAAGCUGUCCGUCUCCUACCGUAAGAGCAUGAUGAAGGACAUCUCCAACCUGGAGGAGCAGGACGAGUCCAGGUUCAUACUGAGCGCCAAAGCCGGCGAUGGGCCUGCAUCAGUGGCGGCACGCAAAGCCUACCUGGCUCCUGGUGGAGCGAAACCCCUGGACCCUAACUCCUUGUCUCCAAAAAGCUGCUACGGUACAGGCUACCAGAAUGCAGCCAUCAGCCCAACAACACCAACAACGCCUACAACACCUGAGUCUGACUUUUGA